AUGAUUAGAGCAAUAUCCGCUGGAUUGAAGCCGUAUGUGAUAAGGCGACGUUUAUACAGUAAAGGGGCUCUAUCACCCACAGUCAAAGAGCAGUUAUUGGAUCCCCCACAAAUUGGAUCAAUUUUUGAAGUGCGUGGGUUUGUCAAGAGUAUACGAAAUUCGAAAAAUGUUGGGUUUGUAGAUAUAUCGGACGGUACAACUUCAAAGAUAAUCAAUGUUGUUUUACUUGGCAAAAAUCAACCAAAACUCCAAGUUGGUGAGAGUGUUUGCAUCAAGGGCGAAUGGAAUAUAAGUAAGGGAAAAGGUCAAGAGACGGAGCUCAAGUAUGAUCCAACUGACCCUAAUCAUGCCUACGAAAUCAUAGGCACGGUGCCAGAUGAUUAUCCUUUGCAAAAGAAGGCAACAUCGAUGUCUUUUUUAAGGACUUUACCUUCAUUGAAGCACAGAGCCUCAACGAUUGCGUCAUUUUACAGACUUCGAUCAUUUCUUGAAUCUCAAAUGAUGGAUUUUUUCAAUAGCCAUAGCUUUACCAAAGUGAGUCCUCCAAUUAUUACAAGCUCAGAUUGCGAGGGAGCGGGUGAGACAUUUGAGAUCAAACAGUCUGAGGAAUUUUUUGAAAAGAAAGCGUGUUUGACAGUGUCCACUCAGUUGCAUUUAGAGGCUAUUGCAUUGGCUCUUAAUAGAGCUUGGACAUUGACUCCUUGCUUUCGUGCGGAAGAGUCUAAAACUUCCCGACAUUUGAGUGAAUUUUGGAUGUUGGAGGCAGAAAUUUCGUAUUUGGAUGAUUUGGAGCCAUUGUUGAACUUUACAGAAGAAAUGGUCAAAUAUGCAACAAGUAGACUAGUAGAGAGGAAAGAAGAAUAUCUUGAGGGAACGUACUUGGAUAGAGAGACUAUAGAGUCCAGGUGGAGGCACAUUCUUGGUGAUUGGCGACGUUUGACAUACGUCGAAGCACUUGAUGAGUUGAGGCGCAAAGGCAUAAAUCUAACUUUUGGCGACUCGUUAAAUUUGGACCACGAGAGGGUAUUGGCUGAGAAUGGUCCUGUUUUUGUUACUGACUAUCCAACUUCAAUGAAGCCGUUCUACAUGAGGAAGUCGCUAACUUUCAAUGAAGAUAAACCAACUGUAGCAUGCUUUGAUUUGUUGUUGCCUCAGUUUGGUGAACUUGUUGGUGGAUCUUUGAGAGAACACGGCCACGACACACUUUUGGAGUCUAUGGAGAGCAACACAAUGAACCUAGAUGAUAUGGAGUGGUACACCAUUUUGCGGAAAUGUGGAACCAUUCCUCACGGUGGAUUUGGUAUGGGUUGGGAAAGGUUUGUGACCUACUUAUCGGGACACGACAAUAUUAGAGACACAGUUCCAUUUCCAAGAGCCCCAGGUCUUUGUAAAGCGUAG